UUUCUCUCUCUCUCCCAUUUUCCCUAUUUUCCCGAUCGACAAGUUACCUUUUAUCUUCUUCUAAGUUAUAACCCAAAAAUAAUUUUUAAAAAAAGUUAUAACUCAAAAAUAAUUAAAAAUAAAAAGAAAACUUUUUUCCUUAAAUUUCACUAAAAAAUUCAUUUAUUUGUUUAUGUUCAUGUUUAUGGUUAAAACCUAACAAGAAAAGAUUUUUAACAGUAAAUCAGUUGAAAAAAAAUUGAGAAUGUAUACAUUGAAAGAUAAAGUGGCGGGGAGUCUUUCAAGUUUAUUUGCAGAUUCACCAAAUCAUUCUUCUCCUUCUUCAUCUGAUCUUUCUCAGGCCAGAUGGUAUUCCAAAGGAACAAAAUCUGUGUCUUCAAUUUUUUCUCACAUUAUCCCUUCAGUAAGCUUCGGUGGUUCUAAAUUGAAUGAUCAUGGAAGUGAUCUCAAGCCAAUUCAGUCACUUCCUGUUAGAUGGAAAAAUAAGAAAUUUGAGGUGCAAAAUGAAUCCUUGGAUAGCUGUAAAGAAUAUAUCAUUACUUACGCAAAUGAAGACUUAAAAAAGGUCUGUGAAGAUAGGAAGAAAAUUUGGACAGAUAGUGACAAUAAACAAACGGAUAGUCCUCAUAGUGAGGAUAAGGACCGCUCCUCAGAAAAGAGCAGCAGUGAUUCUGAUGAAUUUCAAGAAGCAAGAGAGCAACAGAGUCCAGUAAAGCUUUCACCGAAUCUUUCUGAUGAAUCAAUGUUUUUUACUUGUGAUUUGUACGAAUUCUUGGUGUCUUCCCUUCCCAAUAUCGUUAAAGGGUGCCAAUGGAUGUUGUUGUAUAGUACGUUGAAACAUGGUAUAUCACUCCGUACGCUUAUUCGUAAGAGCACUGAGCUUCCUGGUCCUUGUUUGCUGAUUACUGGAGAUCGUCAAGGAGCUGUCUUUGGUGCAAUGCUAGAAUGUCCCUUGAAACCCACACCAAAGAGAAAAUAUCAAGGAACAAACCAGACGUUUGUAUUCACAACCAUAUAUGGUGAACCAAGGCUAUUCAGAGCAACUGGUGCCAAUCGAUAUUAUUAUAUAUGUUUGAAUGACUUGUUAGCACUUGGUGGUGGUGGCAACUUUGCUUUGUCCUUGGAUGGAGAUCUAUUAAGUGGAACUAGUGGACCUUGUGAAACAUUUGGGAACUUGUGUUUGGCUCAUAAAGAAGACUUUGAGCUAAAGAAUGUCGAGGUUGCUGAUUGAAUCUCCAAUAUGGUAGUUCUCAAGUGAAAAAGUGAUAAAAAUGGCCGAUGCAUCUUCAACUUAAUAGUUUAUUUGUACUACGAAAAUUAACCCAUACCAAUGUGCCCUGACAUGCCUACUAUAAGUAAAUGUAUAUGGAAAACUUGGCUUGUCUGUUCUUUUGGAUAUGUUCAACUUGUCUGACAUCGAAAUUUCUCUCUUCAUUGGUUAUGUAAUGUUAGCCACUGUAACUCCUCUUAACCGCAGGUGAUGAAACAAUUGUUUUGGUUCACUGAGAUGCUCUACUUGUGAUCAAUCAGGAUCGCAAUAUUGGAUGAACUUCAUUCUAGAUCCCUUAAACUAUAGAACUAAAACUCUCUGAAAAUACUUAGGUUUGCUUGCCCCUGUUAACAUUAGACUCAGGAAUUUUAACAAUACGUUGGAGCUUCAUUUACAAGGAAUUCCGACCAUUUCUCAAGGAAAUCCGGUUUAUGAUUUGUUGAGCAAUCAUGUUUCCUUUAGAUUUAUUUAAGUUUGAAACUUUUACUGUUUUUUUCUCCGUUUUAACUGUUGUCUGAUUGUAUCUUUGUAUUCAAUGCA